AUGACCGUCAGGAAGCUGUACACACCGGAGGUUCUCUUGAGCGCUCCACGGAGAUCUGCAGCCAUCCCAAGUCCAGAUGGGAAGCUAGCUGUGUACACACAGUCGACCUACUCGUUUGACAGCCACUCAAGAACAAAUGAAAUCUGUGUCCUAGAUCUCACAACAGCCCAGUCUGUCUGCAUCAGCAAGGAUCCCAAAGCCAGCGAACCUCGAUGGACCGGCACUGGGCAUGAACUCGUCUGGCUGAAGGAAUGCGACAACGGAAACACAAGCUUCGUCAUCACUGACGCGACACUCCCCGGAAAGUGCUACACUGCAGGCACAGUUCCCGGACUGGUUUCUAGUCUGAAGGUCUUUGUCAUCGAACCAGGUAAAGUGGCUGUUGCAGUUGCUGGGAAAGCAAACCCGGACGGGAGCCUGCACAAUCCCAAAGAUGUGCAAAAGCCUCGCAGCUCGGCCCGCGUUUAUGAUUCUCUCUUUGUCCGACAUUGGGACACGUACAUUUCCGAACAACGCAACAGCAUUUUCACAGCCUUGCUGCAGAAGUCUCAACCAGUCGUGACAUCGCGUCAGGGUCGGUACAGUCUUCUUGGGUUCAAGAACGCAUUGCAGGGCUCAAAGCUCGAAUGUCCGAUUCCGACGUUUGGUGGUACUGAUCACUUCGAUAUAGGCCCAACAGGUCUCAUCAUCGUAGCAAAGGAUCCGGAUCUGAACCCUGCUACUCACACAAAGUGCCAGUGUUAUUUCUUCCCCCAGAGAGAUCUAACGGAUGUGAGCAAGCCCCAGUUUCGCAAAAUUGGCGUUCCUGGGCUACACGGCGCAGCCACAUCACCAGUCUUCUCGCCAUCUGGGGAAUCUGCCGCAUUCCUCAAGAUGGCCACUGACGGGUAUGAAAGUGACAAAAACUGCACUGUUCUAGUGCAUGGCCUUUCUGAUGACCACGAACUUACUGCCGCGGAACUCAUGCACACCUCCGAUGGCAAAGGUGGCUGGGACCGGUCACCGUCAUCUCUCAAAUGGACCGCCGACGGCAAGACCAUACUUAUGGAAGCCGAAGACAACGGCCGUGGUUGCCUGUUUGCGUUGGAUCUGGACCAAGCACCAGGCCCCGGCUGGCGACCUCGCCAGAUCACCCAUUCAGGCUACAUUAUCGAUUUCGCCCCUCUUUCGUCAGAUUCUGCCCUCUAUCUCGUUUCCUCCAACAGCCUCGUCGAUAGCAGCACAUACAGCAUUGUUGACUCGUCAGGGAAGCAUGCGACUACUAUCAUAAGCUCUAUCUCCAAUGGUGGCGCACGCUUCGGCCUGUCGCCUGAACAGGUCUCGUCGCUUUGGUGGGAGGGUGCUAAUUCUCAUCCAGUACAUGCAUGGAUGAUGCGCCCAUCUUUCUUCCGUGCUGAUCACAAAUAUCCUCUUGCAUACCUUAUCCAUGGUGGUCCCCAAGGUGCUUGGAAUGACCAGUGGUCUACGCGUUGGAACCCAGCUGUGUUCGCCGAGCAAGGUUACAUCGUCGUGUGUCCCAAUCCUACUGGAUCUACAGGCUACGGCCAAGCCUUCACAGAUGCCAUUCGUAACGAAUGGGGCGGAUUACCGUACGAGGAUCUCGUCAAAGGCUUCGAACACAUCGAAGCGAAUCUCGACUUUGUGGAUACAUCACGUGCUGUAGCCCUAGGCGCAUCAUACGGCGGCUUCAUGAUGAACUGGAUCCAGGGGCAUGAUCUUGGUCGGAAGUUUAAAGCCCUGGUGUGUCACGAUGGCGUCUUCAGCAUGACUGGACAGUUGGCCAGUGAAGAACAGUAUUUCCCCGUCCACGACCUGGGCGGUCCUAUUUGGGAACGACAAGAGAUAUACGACAAGUGGGAUCCAAGCCGAUUCACAAAAAAUUGGAGCACGCCGAUGCUCGUGAUACAUAACGAGCUCGAUUACCGGCUUACCAUCGCAGAAGGACUAAGCGCCUUCAAUGUGCUCCAAAUGAGAGGGAUAGAAAGUCGGUUCUUGAGUUUCCCUGACGAGAACCACUGGGUGCUGAAGCCGGAGAACAGUCUUGUCUGGCACCUGGUUGUGAUUAACUGGAUCAACAAGUUCGUAGGCUUACCGAAGCUGGUUGACCGGGAUGGUCGUGAUGGGUCGACAUUUUCCAAACAGAAUGAGCCCAGGGGGAUUGUGAGGAGAAUCGCUGCAGCUCAUCUGCAGCAGUGA